CUCACACAUAAAUUCAUCAUGGCUCAAAACGUUAACCAAGUUUCUUCCGAUUUUCCCGGUCAAACCCAGAACCAGCCCGGUUUGCAGCAUGAAAUGAACCCUCACCCCAUCAACUAUGAUAUGGUCGGUGACGAAGGCAAAUUGGAGCCAUACAAGGCUGCUGGCAAAUUGAAGGGAAAGAAGGCUAUCGUUACUGGUGGUGAUUCCGGUAUUGGUCGUUCUGUUGCUUUCUUGUUUGCCAAGGAAGGUGUUGAUGGUCUCACCAUCUUCUACCAUCCUCGUGAAGAGAAGGACGCUCUCGACACCAAGAAGGAUAUCGAAGGCAACAACAAGUGCCAAGUCGAGACUGUCGGUUUGGACAUUGGUGACGUCGAGCAAGUGAAGAAGGCUGUUCAGAAACACGUUGACAGAUUCGGUACUAUUGAUAUUCUCGUCAACAAUGCCGGUGAACAGCACAUUGCUGAGCACUUCAAGGAUAUUCCCGUCGAACAGAUGCAGAGAACUUUCCAGACCAACAUUCUCGGUAUGAUGUACACUACCAAGUUCUCUCUUCCUCACAUGAAGAAGGGUAGCGCUAUUGUCAACACCACCUCCGUUACUGCGUACCGUGGUUCUGCCAAAUUGGUUGAUUAUUCCAGCACCAAGGGCGCCAUUGUGGCCUUUACCCGUUCGUUGUCUCAGCAGCUUGCUGGUCAAAUCCGUGUCAACGCUGUUGCUCCCGGCCCCAUCUGGACUCCCUUGAUUCCUGCCUCUUUCACCAAGGAACAAGUAGAACAGUUUGGCAAGUCUACUGCCAUGGGACGAGCCGGUCAGCCUGUUGAAUGCGCCACUGCCUAUGUCUUCCUUGCUGGUCCUGAUGCCAGCUACUUCACUGGCCAGGUCCUCCAUCCCAACGGUGGUGAUAUCAUCAACGGUUAAUCUCAUCCAGAAAUUACUUUUUACCUGUAAAUUUAAUUCGUUCUUGAAUGCUUCUUCCUGCAUUCACAAGUAAAUAAAUUGUAUAAGACAC